GGAAAGAGUUCCCUUCUUCUACGUUUCUCUGAUAGCUAUUUCACAACUAGUUAUAUUACAACACUAGGCAUUGAUUAUAAGAAUAGAGCCAUUGAGCUGGAUGGAAAAAAGAUCAUGCUCCAAGUUUGGGAUACUGCAGGUCAGGAGCGGUUCCGAACAAUUACAACCGCUUACUAUCGUGGUGCUAUGGGCAUAUUGCUGGUCUAUGAUGUUACAGAUGAAUCUUCAUUUAACAAUAUCACGAAUUGGAUUCGUAGCAUUGAGCAACAUUCUUCAGACAAUAUUGUCAACAAAAUACUGGUUGGCAACAAAGUUGACAUGGAUGAAAGCAAAAGGGCCGUGCCUUUCUCCAAGGGCCAAGCACUAGCCAACAAGUAUGGAAUCAAAUUCUUUGAAACAAGUGCAAAAACAAAUCUAAAUGUGGAUGAAGCUUUCUUCUCAAUUGCAAGGGAUAUAAAACAAAGGCUUCCUGACUCUAAAAAAACGCCGUCAAGAAUUAGAAUCAACAAACACAACAAUGCAACUGCAGCACGUGGUUCACAGAAGUCGGAAUGCUGUGGUUGAGGAAGCAGAAUUGCUGUUCAGGAUCAAGAAGGAGGAAAAUACAUGUAUGAUGAGAUUGAUGAUGACUUCUUUUGUGUUUA